AAAUACUAUUGUUGGUGGAGGAAUGAAAAUCCAUCCACAUUAUUUGUAUUAUUACCAUGGCACAAAAACUUACUAUCCUUUUCACCAUUCUCCUUAUGGUUAUUGCUGCUCAUGACAAUUCAUUCCACUCCACGAAAAUUCAUGUGAUGGCCCAAGAUGUGACGAAACUUUUUCAGGAAGAUCCAAUUUGUAACAAACCUUGUAAAACACACGAUGAUUGCUCUGGUGCUUUGUUCUGUGAAGCCUGUCGGAGGGCCGCGGGGACAUGUGGUCCCUGGCGGCGCCAGGAUUUUCAAUAAGGAGGUUCAAAAUCUAUAGAAAUAGGCACACGAAAUAGCUGAAGGGAAUUCGACAUCUACUAUAUAUACAUAAAAAAUUAUUUUAACCUUGUAUAAAUAAUAUAAUUUUCCGCCGAAAAGAGUUUGGAUGAACCCUUGUACUGGCUUCGCCCCUAGGCCCAUAGGCCUGUAAUUUCAAUAUUGUUGUCUUUAAGUGUUGUUCUUCUUUUCGACUUUUAGUCCUAAGUGACCAAAGUGUAAUUCGAAAAGAAGAAAAAAGUACUCCAUAUGUCUGUGAUAUAUGCUUUAAUUGUGGCUAAUAAGAAAUCGACUAUGCUUGUUGAUUUGAUAAAAAUA